AUGACUUUGAAUCCUUACAAUUCUACACCAAGAACUUCAUCAACUCCAGAAGGGAGUAAUAUUACAGUAGAAGGUGAAUUAGACCGGCAGGCUGGUUAUUCGUUUAACAGACAUAAUAGGAACGAAAGUGAAAUUACGGUUGAAAGUUCAGCAUUUUCAUCAGAUAGUGAAACAGAAGAGAAUCAUAAAAGGCUGAAAAGAAAAAAAAGGGUAGUCAGUGAGACGAACAGCCCCCCUCCCAAUAGAAAACCAUUUAAGAUGUGGUUGAUAAAGUUAUUUUCGUAUCUUCCGUGGAGUAAAAAAACUAAAAAGUCAAAGGAUCCAUCGUCUUCGUUACCAACGCAUACGGUGCAGAAAGAGAAAGAAAAAAGGAGUUGCUGUUCGAUCUUUUUAUGGAUAAUGAUAAUAAUGUUAUUAUCAUCAAUAAUGGCCAAUUUAAUAGCUUUAGAUAUCAUGUAUGUUCGCAUACCAUCGCAAAACGAAACAACGGUGGUACAAGAAGACAACACUUCAGCAGUGGUAUGCUCGACCCUUCUUGGAUCUCCAGGGGAACUUCUUAAGUUGUUCCCUUGCGACCAAUGUUUGAACAGCGGCAAGCAAUUUUACAACGUAACUUCAUUCUGCGUAUUAAAAAGCAUCUGGUUGAAUUCGAUUAAUCAAACACGGAUGGAGGCUCUCAAUUGGAUGAAAGAUAGCAACUAUUGUGGAUGGGGUGGUGUCAAAUGUGACGAUUCAAAAAAUAUUAUUGAGUUAAAGUUCACGUUCCCAUUCGUUGCAAGAGCGAUUACUUCUGUAAUAGGCGAAUUAAAUACAUUGAAGAAGUUGACGAUAACUGGCGAUGGUAAAGUUCCAAACGGCGCUUUACUCGCAAAUUAUUUUAAAUUGGAAAACUUAGAAGAGAUGAGCUUAAUAUCUACUGGGUUCACUGGACCCAUUCCAAAUAAUUUGGGUAAAAUGACUUCGUUAAGAAGUUUAAAAAUCGUUAAUAAUACCCAAUUGGGCGGCCCAAUUCCCAGUGAAAUAUCUUCUUUGAAGUCCUUAAAGGAAUUGGAUUUAAGUAAUAAUCAGUUGUCUGGAGCCAUUCCUGAAUCACUUGGCACCUUGGACCUAAAUAAUUUAUCUUUAAGUGGUAAUUCCUUGACCGGCGAUGUUCCGAAUAAUAUUUGUCAGAAAAGUUAUGCGAGUUGCAACUUGGCUAACAAUCAAUUAACUGCCACAAACUGCGGAGAAUGUUCUUUUGCUGACCCAAGCCAAUACUUGGUUAAAACUGGUGCACUUGUCAAAGAUGUUUCCAUCAAGAAAAAAGGAUGGGUACUACCAUUUCAAAGGUCAACGUUCUUUGAUAUAACUCCAGCGAACUACACGUUGCAAUUACAAGCGAUGAGUGCUGAAAAAUUGGAAUUCAAUCUUCCCGCAGUAUUUACCAUUGGUCCAAAGGAUGAGCAAAAUUCUUUGGAGCGGUACGCAAAACUUUUGGCGGCAAAUGAUAAGAACAGUGAUCACGUGAAGGAAUUGGUUCGUGGUAUUAUUGAAGGUGAAACUAGAGUUAUUGCGGCCGCAAUGACUAUGGAAGAGAUUUUUCAGGAAAGGAAAGGAUUCAAAGAUCAGGUCAUUAAGAAUGUUCAAGCGGAAUUGGAUCAAUUCGGCUUGUUCAUUUAUAAUGCUAACGUUAAACAACUUCAAGAUACUCAAGGUUCCGAAUACUUUGCUUAUAUGCGAAUGAAAACGCAUGAAGGUGCCGUGAAUCAAGCAAAAGUGGAUGUGGCCGAAGCGAAAUAUCGUGGUGACGUCGGCGCAAAGGACCGUGAAGGUUUAACGCGUCGCGAAACUUCAAAGAUUGAAUCGGAGACAAUUUUGGUGGAAAAUGAACGUCAGGUAUCCGUGGCGCAAGCAAACAUGAAUUUGGCCACCAAAAAGUCGGAAUUUGACCGUGCCACUAAGAUCGCAGCCAUUGAAUCGGAACAAGCGGCAAAGAUUCGUGAAUCUGAACUUCAAAAAGAAGUUGAAGAGCGUCGAUUAUUAUCGGAAACAGAACGUCUUCGGGUACAAUACGUAUCUAAGGCAACAGCUGAAUUCGAAGCAGCUAAAGCCAACGCUAAUGCGCGUUUGUAUGAAAAGCAAAAAGAAGCCGAAGCUGAACUUUAUAAGAAACAAAAAGAGGCAGAAGGUCUAUUAGCAGUUUAUAACGCUCAAGCUCAAGGUAUAAAGAAUUUAAUGGAAGCCUUCGGCGGUGAUCGUAAUGCGGCUAUUCAAUAUAUCAUGAUUGAACGUGGUGUUUACCAACAAUUGGCCAAAGAAAACGCUAGUGCCAUCAAAGGUCUUAAUCCUAAAAUUACUGUUUGGAAUACCGGGAAUGAAGAACCCUCCGCGAAUCCUGUAGCAAAUAUCUUUCAAUCUUUACCUCCACUUUUGUCAACUAUUCAAGAACAAACUGGAAUCAGUCCUCCAAAUUGGUUGGCUCAAAUGCCAAAUAAGUAA